UAAAGAUUCAACUGAAAAGGUAGACAAAAUAUUAGAAGCAAAAAAAAAAACUAUACUACCUGAAACCUCACAAAAAACUGAAGAUCCUUUAGAAUUCUAUAGAAGAACACAAGAGGAGGCUAAAAAGAUAAGAGCUGUUGUACAUGCUGAUAUUUCUAAACUAUCUGCUCCUAUUUCAAAAGCUUAG